UAUCCCGAUCUGACUAAACAUACUCGUCACCAUGUCUAAGCGCCUCUCUUUUAUUGGGAAGUCUCCCAGGGAAGACCCGACAGAAACUUUCAACCCAUACGAAACCGUGAACCUUGAGUCGCAACGUAGAGAAAUGUUUCAGAAAUACAAUGCACCCAAAGUCAUCAUCGACGAUGAUCCAGUGGUGCCUAACUACGAAGUCCAAGAGUCUUUCCGUAAACACGCGUCCCACAACGUCAAAUUGGUAGUCGUAGGCGACGGGGGUUGUGGCAAGACGUGUUUGCUCGUUUCAUACGCCCAGAACAGAUUUCCUGAAAUCUACGUUCCAACAGUAUUUGAAAACUAUGUCACAAACGUAAUGGCUCCCAACAAUAAACUCAUAGAACUAGCACUCUGGGAUACCGCCGGCCAAGAGGAAUAUGACCGGUUAAGACCAUUGAGUUAUCCAGAUGUCGAUGUCCUACUCAUCUGUUUUGCACUUGACAGCUUGGUCUCGCUUCAAAACGUCAAAGACACCUGGUUCCCAGAGGUCAGUCACUUUUGUCCGGGUAUCCCGAUUAUCUUGGUGGGAACCAAAAGUGACCUACAAUCGCAGAUCGACCCCGACUUACCCAUACAGGUAGCAACAGAAAUCAACGCCAUUGGCUACAUCCAGUGCUCUGCCAAAACCAUGUUCAAUAUCCGUACCGUGUUCAACUUCGCCUUGAACCAUUACCAGAAACAGGUUGAAAUACAGGAGCAGUAUGAGAAAUCGAAGAAUCGACUAUCCAAAGUGCUUCACGGAUCCAACGGUGGCAGUUUUGGCUCGGCUGUAGGUGGCCACACCCGGAACCAAUCGUCAAUUUCCAACAGAAGGGGUCACUUCAAAAACACUUCCUACGACUCUACUCUUCUCUUGGACCAACCUUUGGCUGAAGAUACGUACACACACAACCCUUACGGAAACUUUGGUAGCCCACAUGUUGAUCAGCUGCCAAGGUACAACGAAGAAGAGUUUGCAUUCACCAGAGACAAGAAGAAAAAGAAGAAGAAGUCCAAGCGAUGUACCAUUUUGUAGACCAUAGAACUUGAUUAUAGAAUAUAGAUUAGACAAGAGAACAGAAUACUGCAAAAACAG